AUCUAUUUGAAACAAAAAAAACAAAAGAAAAGAGACGCUGGAGUUGGAGCAGCGUCUUCUUCCUCUAUCUUCGCCGAAAACUGCCAUCACAGUAAAAACAUCAUACUCCACACCCAGCAGCAAAAACCCAGUCUAGGCAGCUGCCUAGACCCGCCUACACAUCGAUCCGCUACUGCCACCAAGGCCAAUACAUACAAAGCAUACCUGCAGAACUAGAAUGUCGACUUUGGUGUUUCGAAUAUGUUUGAUUUGUGCUUUUUCUGCAACUCUUCUUACUCCAAGCAGCUGCCAUGAUCACUCCAGGCUUCACAAAAAACAGGCAGCCUUGUUUGUCUUUGGUGAUUCGUUGUUUGAUGUCGGAAACAAUAACUAUCUGAACACUUCCACUAACUUCCAAGCAAAUUUUUGGCCUUAUGGGGAAACAUUCUUCAAGCAUCCCACUGGAAGAUUUUCGGAUGGACGUCUACCCCCUGAUAUGAUUGCUGCAUAUGCAAAGCUGCCACUUAUACCACCAUAUCUACAGCCGGGGUUCAACCACUAUGCUUAUGGGGUCAACUUCGCAUCUGCUGGCGCCGGCGCUCUAGUUGAAUCUCAUCAAGGAUUUGUUAUAGACCUUAAAACUCAACUGAAGUAUUUCGAGAGAGUGGAGAAGCAGUUGAGGCACAAACUAGGCCAUGCAGACACAGUGCUUUCAGAAGCUGUUUACUUGAUUGGCAUUGGAUCCAAUGACUAUUCUUAUGCACUCCGUACAAAUUCCAGCUUGUUUGGGUUCUCACCUCAAGAAUUUAUUGGCCUGGUGAUAGGAAACAUUACAGAUGUGAUCAAGGAAAUAUACAAAAAAGGAGGAAGAAAAUUUGGGAUUUUAGGCAUGGCCCCUGUAGGUUGUGUACCAAGUUCGAGAGCAGUAAAAGCAGGAAACACAGGCGCAUGUGUGGAAGAAUUGAACGCGGUAGCCAAAUUACACAACAUCGUACUUGAGAAAUCCCUCUUAAAGCUUAAAGGACAUCUCCCAGGAUUCAAGUAUUCAUAUCCAAAUAUAUACCCUCUUGUCGAUGAUAUGUUUAACAAUGCAUCUAAAUAUGGUUUCAAGGAGGGAAAGACGGCAUGUUGCGGAUCUGGUCCAUUCAGCGGAAUUAACAGUUGUGGAGGGAAGCGAGGCGUGACCCAGUAUGAACUAUGUGACAAGGUGAAUGAUUAUGUGUUUUUCGACGCUGACCAUCCCACAGAAAGGUUUUACCAGAAAGUUUCCAAGUUCUGGUGGAGCCGUAAACCUGAACACACUGAGACUUACUUUAGUCUGAAAGAGCUAUUUGAAGUUUGAUGAUCGAAUACGCUUCAACUCUUGCAGAGGCAGUUGAGGAUACAAAAUGAUCAAAGUUUGCACAUCGUCCUCAUCUACUUAUAAGUAUUAUGAAUAAAUAAGUUAAAUGAAUAUAUCUAUCUGUACGCCUGCUUCUUCUCUUGAUACUCUGAUACUCAAAUAAUAUAUAAUUAAGAGA